AUGCCCCAGCCGGAGGACUACACGAUCGGCUGGAUUUGCGCGAUAAGAACAGAAUAUGUUGCAGCUCGACAAUUUCUCGACGAAGAACAUGAAGGGCCACGAACUGUGUCACCCAACGACAGCAAUGCAUAUACACUUGGCAAAAUGCGAGAACACAAUGUUGUGAUCGCUGUCUUGCCUGAUGGCCAGUACGGUGUAUCUUCCGCCACCGGGGUUAUAAAAGACAUGAUACAUACCUUUCCCAAUAUCAGGAUCGGCCUUAUGGUUGGUAUUGGAGGUGGCGCGCCAAGCACAAAGCAUGAUAUUCGUCUAGGCGAUGUUGUAGUCAGUGCUCCGCGGCAGGGAAAAGGCGGCGUCUUCCAGUACGACUUUGGGAAAACCAUUCAGGAUCAGAGCUUCAGAACGACGGGGUUUAUGAAUCACCCGCCGGCCGUUCUACUCACAGCAGCCACAGUGCUUAGCGGUCAGUAUGAAAGUGACGGACACAAUCUUGAACGAGAUAUUAGCAACAUACUCGAGAAGAAGCCCAGGCUGCGGAAGGCCUAUGGACGGCCAGAUCCAAACAGCGAUAGACUCUACAAGUCUAGAAUCAUACACCCCAAGGACAACGAAAUGAGUUGCGAGGCAAUUUGCGAUAACCCGGAAAAUUUGGUAGAACGACGCCAAAGAACCGAGGACGAAGAUAACCCGGCUAUCCAUUACGGCUUAAUCGCCUCAGCAAAUCAGCUGAUGAAAGAUGCUUUGGUCCGGGACAAACUUGCUGCUGAGGAGGGUGUCCUAUGUUUUGAGAUGGAAGCGGCUGGAUUGAUGAACCACUUUCCCUGCUUGGUUGUUCGCGGUAUAUGUGAUUAUUCCGAUUCUCACAAGAACAAAGAGUGGCAAGGCUACGCUGCUAUGGUGGCUGCAGCAUAUGCAAAGGAUCUCCUCGGUCGAGUCGCUCCAAGCAGAGUUCAAGCUGAAACGAAAUUGAGCAAUGCUCUGUCUGGCCUCUAUGAUGUCGCAACAGCGCAGUUAGAAAUUACAAGGCAGCACGUCCAAGCCCAAAAGGAUUUUGCCAAACAAAUGCUCACUCAGCAUGAACAAAGAUGUCACCAGCAAUUCCGCCUUACAGCUAGCGAUAGGGAUAUCACGUAUGAGUGGUACAAGAACCGAGUAGAGGAAAGAGUCGAAGGAACGUGCCUAUGGUUUCUUGAACAUGAGCACUUCCAAGGAUGGUUGAAGCAGAACUCUGGGCCCCUCCUUGUUACAGCCGACCCUGGUUGUGGAAAAUCCGUGUUGGCCAGAUACUUAAUUGACCAUGGCUUGCCACGAUCAGUAACCAUCUGCUAUUUUUUCUUCAAAGAUGAAGAUCAGAAAACGGCUCGGCAGAUGCUUUGCGCGCUACUUCACCAGCUGUUCUCUCAACAUCCGGCUCUAAUCAAACACGCAAUGCGGCAAUACGAGAAAGACGGAGAAAGUUUGACCAACUCUACCGACUCACUUUGGGAGAUUUUGCGAAGUUCUGUCCGAGAUCCGCAGGCGGGAUCUGUGACCAUUGUGCUCGACGCCUUAGACGAAUGUGCACAAACCGAGUUUGAAGCUCUAGUGCGGAAUAUAGAGGCCCAGUUUCACAGCAAUGACCCGGGUAAUGCCAAAUUGAGAUAUCUUCUUACAUGUCGCCCUUACGAGCAAUUGGUGUCUCGAUUCUCUAACUUGUUGGGCGUUUUUCCAAACAUUCACAUCCCUGGAGAGGAGAAUUCAGAAACCAUUAGCCAGGAGGUAAAUCGCGUUAUCACACACCGAGUUUAUCAGUUACCAAAUAAUAUCUCCCCCGAGAUCAAGAGUCACCUGGAGAAAAGACUACAUUUGACCAGCCAUCGUACCUAUCUCUGGGUGUACCUUGUGUUUGACUAUUUAAAGGACGGAAGCUUCAAGAAGACACGGAAGGGGGUUGACUCUGCUAUUAGCAACCUCCCGAGGAGUGUAAACGAGGCAUAUGAGCAGAUUCUCAACAGAUCCAACGCCGAGGAGCGCCAAAUGGUUCGCAAAGUCCUGAGUAUUGUCUUAGCGGCAAGUCAGCCACUUACACUCAAGGAACUUAACAUAGCGACGAAUAUCGACUACGAAACAAAAUCACUUGAGGACAUUGAUUUAGAGGACGAGGAUGACUUCAAAAAGCGCAUUAGAUCCUGGUGCGGGUUAUUUAUCUUAAUCUCACAAGGUCAUGUCUAUUUUCUUCACCAAACAGCUCGCGAGUUUCUGAUCGCCGAUUCAAGUUCAACACCGCCUGUUACCCCCUUAAAAUGGGAACACUCAAUCACUAUAAAAAACGCGCAAGCCGUUCUUGCAGAACUCUGUGUCCUAUGUCUGGCAUUCGCCGGUCCCGAAGUCACUCUGGCGAUAGAUGGAUACGACGAUCAAGUCAAGUUCAUGAAUCGACAACCCUUCUUUUUUUACUCGGCACUAAAUUGGGGAGCUCACUUCCGACAUGCUAAAAUUGCUGAGGACGCCGCUAUCAUACCUAUAGUUUUAAAGAUUUGUGAUCCAAGUGCAAAAAGCUACUUGGAAUGGUUCAAUAUCUAUUGGGGUACUAAACAUUACGGCAGAAUUCCGCAGUUUUCACAUCUCAUGGUAGCCGCAUACUAUGGCCAUCAUCUGACUAUGAAGUUAAUAUUAAAGAAGGACGCCAAUUUGAACUCGAAAGAUGAUAUUCACCACCGGACACCACUCCAUUGGGCUGCUUUCAAUGGACAUAAGGCAGCCGUCGAGCUAUUAAUAGAUAAAGGCGCCGACUUGGACUCCAAAGAUCGCGAUAGAGCUACACCACUCUUGUUGGCUUCUUCUAUGGGGCAUGAGGCGGUCGCCAAGCUCUUAAUAGAUAAUGGCGCCGAGUUGGACUCUAAAGAGAGCAGUGGCCGAACACCACUAUUAGUGGCUGCUUCCCAGGGGCAUGAGGCGGUCGCCAAGCUAAUGAUAGACAAGGGCGCCGACCUGGACUCUAAAAAUCAUUAUUACCACGCACCAGUCUUAUUGGCUACCUUCUAUGGACACGAGGCGAUCGCCAAGCUGUUGAUAGAGAAGGGCGCCGACGUGAACUUCAAAGCAUUCAAUGGCCAGACAACAUUAUCAGUAGCUGCUAAGGAGGGGAGAGAGGCCAUUUUCAAUCUGCUCCUAGUAACACCUGGUAUUGACAUUGACUCUAAAGACAAUUGCGGUCGUACGCCGUUAUCAUACGCUGCCAUGGCUGGCCAUGAUACAAUGGUAGAGGCCUUGAUCUCGAACGAAAGGGUCAAAAUCGACGGGGAGGACUCUUACGGCUCAACACCAACAUCAUUGGCAGCGAGGCAUAAUUGCACACAAGUCAUCAAGCGGCUUCUGGGCACAGGGCGUGUAGAUCCAAACUCUCUAGAUCACUCGGGGCGGACUCCGCUGUGGUACGCCAAACGAUACGCAAAUCCCGACAUCGUGAAACUCCUCUUUCAACAUGCUAGAAAUUCCGAUAUAGCAUCCGAUAGGAAGGUAUUCCCUACUCCUGGUAUGGGUACAAUGAGGAACAAGAGGGCCUUUCAACAAUGCGAUGCUUGUACUUUGUUUAUUUAUCGCGGAUACAAAUAUUAUAAUUGCGAUAUCUGUAAUAAGGGUGAUUUCGAUCUGUGCUCAGACUGCCACGGGCUUGGAGUACGUUGUUUGGGAGUUGGUCACCAGAUGACCAAGAAGAGUCAACCGAUGCCAGUAGCCCCACCAAAAGGAGCGCUUCCUGUUAUCGUGGGGUGA